UUACGUCUGACAUUUACAUGUAACACAAGAUCAUCCUUUCCUGUAGAUGAGCCUGAUAAUGUUACCAUAGUAUCUAACACAACGGAGAACAAAGACUGUUCUGAUUUGUGGGUGAAUUUCACGUGCAUCGCAUCUGAAGCCAAUCCACCAGUUUAUAGCUAUCUGCUUUCUGAUGAUGAAGAGGGAUUCAGUUUUAGUAAGAGUGGAUCAUGGAUAAAGAAGAUAUCAAGAGGAGGAAAGUCUGUUUUCACUUGCAUAGCAUAUCAACUUGUAGGAAAUGUAACAAGCAGGAACAGUAUCACUUUGACUGUGAAUGUUCCACUAGCUAUGGAAGAAGCAGAGAAUAAAGUUGUCCAGGAAGGUGACAAUGUGCAAGUGUACUGUAAUAUUACUGCUGGCAUUCCUGAUCCAACUGUUAUCUGGACAAAAGUUAAGGGUGGUGGUUAUAACCCCACUGAUGGAAAUUUACUGAACAUCACUAACAUCACCAGAGCUCAAGCUGGAGAAUACAGGUGCACUGCAAACAACACUUGCGGACAGAAGUCUACAGUGACAAGCAUUAAUGUUCAGUGUAAGAACAUAUUUCUGUCUCGGAACUAUCGGUCUGGUAGUUGCCCUAUUGAAGGUUUGCUGCUCUUAAAAAUAGCAUAUUUGCCCUGGUAGCGUCACUUCUCUGGAAAAUAUUUGUUUUAAGAACAUCAAAUUUCCUGGGCCGCCAGUUCCUCGACAAAAACUUACCGUGUCGUUUAAGUAGAUAAUGGUAAAAACGAAAAUCAAUGUUAAUUAUUAUUGUUUGAUUUCUUGGCUAUCUUUCUUGUAGAUCUACCUGAAAAUGUCCGCUUAACAACAAAUACAACAAGCAAAGUGUGUACAGGAGUUGUAAUAAACUUCACCUGCAGUGCUGAAGCCAACCCAGCAGUACACACUUAUUUGUUGUUUGAAAAUGACACCAUGAUUAAGAAUAUGGAAAUAUCAGGAACCUGGAUGAAAACGAUGGAAACUUCUGGCCAGUUUGUGUUCAGAUGCGAGGCGAAUAAUUCUAUCCAAGGGAUUGGAAAAAGUGGAAAUACUGUCUUGGCUGUUGAUGUCCCGGCAUCUGUGGAGCAGUUCGAAAAUAAAGUCGUCAAAGAAGGUGAUAACGUUGAAGUGUACUGUAAUGUGACUGCAGGUAUUCCUGAUCCAACUAUAUAUUGGUCAAAAGUCACGACUGGUGAGCAUAUUACGGGAAACCCAUUGAACAUCACUAACACCAGCCGAGCUCAAGCUGGAGAAUACAGGUGUACUGCAAACAACACUUGUGGAGAGGACUCUGCAGUGGUGGUCAUUGAUGUGCAGUGUAAGAACAUAACUAGAUCUUUUACCUAGAAAUUUCUUAAUGUUAAGUUUAACGAGAAGGCUAAAAAUCGCUGAUCAGUCCACAGUGUUUAUGACGGCGACCGUUAUAUUUGACUGUGCAAUUGAAUGAUUGCUAUUAAAGAGUUUUCUGUCUUCUUGUAACAAGUCCAUGGGCCUGAACAAUGACAAAAAGAGACAAUUGCUCGAGAAAGUAGUUUCUGAACUGGAUUAGAUGAUUUGCGGCCAUUUUCAAAGGGCGAAUCACGUGAAUACAUGAAGAAAUCUUCACGUGAUUUUACAAAAUGGGUGCAUUUUUAACAUAUUUCCUCAUCUCUAUGCGUCUCCAACUACGAGACAAUCAACACGCUACCCUCCUCAGUGUAUCCGCCUCUACUCUCCCGACAGAUCCUGCAAACAACAAGAACAAGCACUGUU